AUGGACAUGAUCCACGAAUCAGAUAACGCGCAAGAGCUCAACGUGAAGUUUUACCCGGAACUUUUCUUGCAGCGCCGGAUAUGGAUACUAGAUAUCUUACGGAGGGAGAACAUCACACGAGUGCUAGAUGUUGGUUGCGGUGAAGGUCAGAUACUAGGCGUGCUGUGCCAGCCAGCGCCAUGGCUUACACCACCACCAUCAUCAAUUUUGCCCCCGAUCAAACCCUCGACGUCACCCGACGACAUUGUGCCUCCAUCCCCUAUUUACAACGACGAUGAGGUACCCACCCUGCAUAUUCGUGAAGUCCAUGGACUCGAUAUCUCAGCUGAAGACCUUACCUUCGCUGUAGCGGCAAUUACACCUCCUCAAGAAGAGGAUGAACCCGCAGAGGGUCUGGGAUUCCGACCAUUCUAUCGUGGUGUGCAACGGUGGGAAGAGCUCCUCGCUAAGGUUUGGAAAGGUGGGCUGGAAGUCAUAAAUGAAGAGUUUAUAGACAUUGAAUGUAUCGUCAGCACCGAGGUAAUCGAACAUCUCCCAGAGCCCAUAUUCUCAGCGUUCACACCCAUGCUAUUGGGAGUAUACCACCCAAAAUUUCUGCUCGUUACUACGCCUUCAUACACAUUUAACGCUCGCUUUACCCCACCGGAUGCACCAAGGUCUGCUAGGAAAGGAUAUCCUGAUCCGACAGGAAGAACGGAUCGCAUUUUCCGACACGAUGACCACAAAUUCGAAUGGACAAGAGAUGAAUUCGAAACUUGGUGUAAUGAAACAGCCAAAGAAUGGGGAUAUGAUGUCGAGUGGUCAAGCAUCGGUAGACCAUUGGAAUAUGACCCCUGGGGAAGAGAUGAAGAACUCCAAGGAGCAUCUUUCGUUGCUACGUUUCGCAGACGGAACGAUGUCGACAAUGAAGAGAGAGAGAAAAAAGGCCGAGCCAAGUUAGGUGAUUUGGCGUUAAAUCAGGAACCACACGAAGCCUUGGCCAUAUACAACCAUGUUACAAGCUCAGUUGCAAAGAAACCCAAACCUCUAUCAGAUAUAGCAGCUCUCGUCAAGGGGAAAAUGGAAGAAUUUCGAGAGGCCUUUAUGAGGGUGGAAGAAAUGUGGUUUGAACCAAGUAUUUCUAGGGCAUGCGGUGGUUGGAUCGAGCUCUUAGUUAGGGCAGUUGAAGAGAGUUCUGAUCUGAACAUGAAGAGGGAUGUUGACGGCGUCGUGAUGAAACAAAGUAGUAUGUGGAGUAUUGAACUCAUUGGAGCGGUUGCUUUCCCCACAAAUCCGUGGACAGAUACAGCCAACACUAGUGUUGACUAUAUCCCAUUAGACUGGACCCCUGGAGAAGGUCCCCAUGACAGUUGGGAUGAUAGCGAUGCCGAAGGUUCGACGGGUAUAGAAGGCGACGUUUCUGCGUUUACGUCGGAUAACGAUGCAGACGAGGAAUCUGACAAUGAAACAACUACUGGGAUAGAACGAUCUGCCUGGAAAGAAUUGUCAGAUAUUCAAGCGAAGACCCGGUCACAAAACAACUGGGCAAGUUCAGGAAGUGAUUGGGCAGCUAGCGAUACUAGUGGGUGGGGAGAACACGAUAGAGAUGACACAGACAUAGGUUGGGGAAAUCCUGCUGCUAGUUCAAGUUCGACUGCUGGAUGGGAUGGAGAUGAAAGUGGUGAUACUACUUCAUAUUAA